GUGAACUGUUUCAAAAGCUGCCUAAAUCAAACUGUCAACAAGUUGUCAACCAGAACAUUCCUGUGUCCACAUUAUUUGAUCCAUUUUCUCCAGUGUAAACCAGACAUGUACAAUGUGUCUCCUACUUAAGUCAACAUUUCAUCAGGUCGCUUAUCAGUAGGGAGGUACCUGGCAAGGGAAACACUUCACAGCCUGCAUCGCAGCCAGUACCACAAUGUCGUCCUCCUACACUGUAUCCAAUUAUGGCACCACUGACCAGAAUGACGUGUCCAAUUCGGACGUGAAGGUGAAGGUGUUCAGCGACCAGCCAUACGCUGGGAUGGACAAGGACACGUUGCUACGAUUCUCUCAGGCCCCAUUGUGGCGCCACUUGAGAACGGCCAUUCUGAGUGUUUAUAUACUGGGCUGGUUGGGGAUACUUGGCACCAUCAUUGGUGUCAGUGUUGUGUACCCACGUUGCCCAGCCACUCCCCAGUUGGAAUGGUGGCAGAAGUCCAUCGUCUACCAGAUCUUUCCUCGUAGCUUCCAGGACUCUAAUGCUGAUGGCAAAGGAGAUUUGAAUGGUAUCGAGUCCCGUCUGGACUAUAUCAAAGACCUUGGCGUUGGUGCUGUGUGGAUGGGCUCCGUCUAUAAGAGCCCUAUGAAGGACUUUGGCUAUGAUGUGUCUGAUUUCAAGGAUAUAGAUCCCGUGUUUGGUACACUGGAUGAUAUGAAGAGUCUGACAGCAAAAAUGAAAGAAACAGGUCUCCACCUGAUACUGGACUUCAUCCCCAACCAUACCAGUGACCAGCACCCUUGGUUUAACAACAGCCGCCAUGCCACUGACCCCAGUGACCACUACUACAGUUACUAUGUCUGGAGAGACUGUGGGAAUGACACAUACAGGGACUACCCUACCAACUGGGUAAGAUAAUACAGACUAUCCUACCAACCGGGUAAGAUAAU